ACACAGUUUCAUAGUCUUAGUGCUUUGUGUGCAUUGUUCUCUGACUUUUCACUCUCUUUCUCUCUCUGGUUUAGUCAAGAAGCAAGAAGAGUUGUCACUGUGUGUUAUGCAUUGCUCUGCUGGCCAAACCAUUCUUUAAUCCUUUGCGACCUUUUUGUUUCCUCUUUGCUUUUUAUUUAUAAUUAUCUUCAACUUUGACAUAAAUAAUUAAAGUAAAAGGGCUCACUUUCCUGAAUCUUGAGCUUUUCUUACUUUAAUUUUGAACUCCCUAAUGAACCAUGCGUCUUCACUUCUUCUUCUAGCUCCUAUAGUAGCCUCAACCUCAACGCCUUCCAUUUUCAUGCAAAUUCUCUGUGGUGUUGAGCUUUCAUGCCCCAAUUGAGAGCUACGCUGAUUGAAAUUCUCUAUUAUUUGUUACUUACUUCAGAAUCUGAAGCACAGUACAAGUCUGCAACUAGCUCAGCUUCUUCAGUGUGAAUGCGUCAUCUCGCCCUGUGGUUUAAGCUCUGAGCUGUUCCAUGAAUCCUUGUGCUUCUUCCUCUUUGCUUUCCUUCAGGAAAAUAUGAAGGAUGGCAGAUAUUGCUUCAAAUUCAUGUAUCAAUAUCUUAUACCUUAUCACCAAAAAACUUGCCAUGAAGUUCUACUUCCCUCGAGUGCAUCCUUUCCUUUUCAUGGUUCUUAUUCUCUGUCCUAUGAUUUUUGCUGACUUAAAUUCUGAUAAGCAAGCCCUUCUUGAUUUUGCUGCUUCUGUCCCCCAUCGCCGUGACCUAAAGUGGAAUUCAGCUACUUCAAUUUGUACAUCUUGGGUAGGUGUCACUUGCAAUCUAAAUGGCACCCGUGUUGUUUCUCUCCGGCUUCCUGGAAUUGGACUUGUCGGCACCAUUCCGGCCAAUACACUUGGCAAGAUUGACUCACUCAGAAAUCUCAGCCUCCGUGCCAACCUACUCAGUGGAAGUCUUCCUCCUGAUAUUUCUUCUCUUCCUUCUCUACAAUAUCUUUACCUUCAGCAUAAUAACCUUUCUGGUAACAUACCUACCUCACUGUCCACCCACCUCAAUGUACUUGAUUUGUCAUAUAAUUCCUUCACCGGUGCUAUUCCAAAGACAUUGCAAAACUUAACACAACUAACUAGGUUGAACCUCCAGAACAACUCCCUAUCUGGUGAGAUACCAAAUCUCAAUGUCACAAAGCUCAGGCACUUGAAUUUAAGCUACAACCAUUUGAAUGGCUCUAUCCCUGCUGCUCUUCAGACUUUCCCCAAUUCUUCCUUUGAGGGUAACUCUCUAUGUGGAUUACCUCUAAGGCCAUGCUCUGUAGCCCCCCCUGCAUCUCCUCCAUCAUUAACUCCUGCCCCACCAACUCCUUCAAGACACAAAAGUAAAUUGAGUAAGGCAGCUAUCAUUGCAAUUGCAGUUGGUGGGGGUGUGCUAUUACUUUUAGUAGCUCUCAUCAUUGUUCUUUGCUGUUUAAAGAAAAAAGAUGAUGGAAGCCCCAGACCUACUAAAGGCAAGGGUCCUAGUGGUGGGAGAACUGACAAACCAAAAGAAGAGUUUGGAAGUGGGGUGCAAGAACCUGAGAAGAACAAGUUGGUUUUCUUUGAAGGCAGUUCUUAUAAUUUUGAUCUAGAGGAUUUGCUGAGAGCUUCGGCUGAAGUUCUUGGAAAGGGUAGUUAUGGUACUGCAUAUAAGGCUAUAUUAGAAGAGUCAACAACAGUUGUAGUGAAAAGGUUGAAGGAAGUCGUGGUUGGCAAAAGGGAAUUUGAACAGCAGAUGGAGAUUGUGAGAAGAGUUGGACAGCACCCAAAUGUUGUGCCACUUCGAGCUUACUAUUAUUCCAAGGAUGAGAAGCUUUUGGUUUAUGACUACAUCCCAAAUGGCAAUCUAUCAACCCUCUUGCAUGGUAACAGAGCAAGUGGAAGAACUCCAUUAGAUUGGAACUCCCGAAUAAAAAUAUCUGUUGGAAUUGCCAGAGGAAUUGCUCACGUACAUUCAGUUGGCGGUCCAAAAUUCACUCACGGAAAUGUGAAAUCUUCAAAUGUCCUCCUCAACCAAGAUAACGAUGGCUGCAUCUCUGACUUUGGCCUGACCCCAUUAAUGAAUGUUCCUGCAACUCCUUCUAGAGCUGCAGGCUAUCGCGCCCCUGAGGUGAUUGAAACGCGUAAGCACUCUCACAAGUCAGAUGUCUACAGUUUUGGUGUUCUCCUUCUGGAAAUGCUGACCGGAAAAGCCCCGCAACAGUCUCCAGGACGUGACGAUGUGGUCGAUCUCCCAAGGUGGGUGCAAUCUGUUGUUAGGGAGGAGUGGACAGCUGAGGUUUUUGAUGUUGAGCUAAUGAGGUACCAAAACAUUGAAGAAGAAAUGGUGCAAAUGUUGCAAAUUGCCAUGGCCUGUGUGGCAAAGGUUCCAGAUAUGAGGCCCACCAUGGAGGAAGUAGUGAGAAUGAUUGAAGAAAUCCGGCAAUCCGACUCCGAAAACCGGCCAUCUUCGGAAGAGAAUAGAUCCAAGGAGGAAUCAACUGCUCAGACUCCAUAAUUAGCUCUGCCUUUCUUUCUUGUGUUCCAAGCAAAUUGUUUUCUUGAAAUUGUUUCUUUCAGGAAGCAACAUUCAGAGGUAUAUAUAAGAGUGCAUGAAACGGUUCUCACAAAUGGAAUUACUUCAGUUGUUCUGUUUUCUAGGAAGGUUUACUUUAUUGGAUUCUUGUGUAUUAACGUUGUGAUUCAAUUGAUGAUCUUCAUUCAAGAACAAUCUCUCCCAUUUGUUCUACUGAUUGUUAGCAAUGUGUAUUUCUGUAUCACCAAAUCAUGGCAUGGUUAGUCAAUGAUAUGAUAAAUAAUUGAUAC